AUGGAUGUCAACUUGAAGUUAUCAUCAACCAAUGGGGACCCCUUACCUGAUCCAACUUCCUAUAGAAGACUCAUUGGACGACUUCUAUACUUAACCAUCACACGGCCAGAUCUUUCUUUUGCAGUGAAUCAUCUUAGCCAAUACAUGGCUGAUCCUCGGGUUCCUUAUCUCCAAGAAGCUCACAGAAUACUUGCCUCUGUCAAGUCUACUGUUGGUCAAGAUAAUCGGGUCUUUCAUGAGCGUACGAAGCACAUUGAGAUUGACUAUCAUCUCAUCCGUGAUUGUAUUGUUCGUGGCCAAGUGAAAACCUUCCACAUCGCCUCCUCUCAUUAG